UUCUCUGUUUAUGUUUUUUCCAACAUGGCGGCGCACUGAGAACAUGCUAGAAAAGCUCGCAGCCUUUUUUUGUUUCUAUUUAAAUAAUAGAAUAUUUAUUAACACUCAGUCAGGAUGCUCACAUUUCACAGACUCUGCGUCAGGACAACAUUUUCCGCCCGUCUGUUAAAAACAACCGGCCGGACAGAGCAUGCUAGCGGCCGUCACUGGUCCCACUCGGCCGGACGUUGCUCACCAACAUGUCGGGCACUGGUGUACGAACGACACGGAGAACCGACUCAAGUAGUUCAGUUAAAGAACAUGGAUUUGCCCCCCCUGGGGUCAAAGGACGUCCAGGUGAAAAUCCUGGCAGCUCCUGUCAACCCGUCUGAUAUCAACAUGAUACAAGGUACGUACGCCAUACUGCCUGACCUCCCCGCUGUUGGAGGCAACGAAGGAGUGGCCGAGGUGGUGGAGGUGGGCGACCGGGUGACCUCAGUCAAAGUAGGAGACUGGGUCAUCCCGAAAGAUGCUGGUCUCGGGACGUGGAGGACAGACGCAGUUCUGUCAGAGGACGACGUCGUCUCACUACCAAAUACCAUUCCCCUGCUGUCGGCCGCCACCCUGGGUGUGAACCCCUGCACGGCCUACAGGAUGCUGUCGGACUUUGAAGAUCUGAAAGCAGGUGACACCGUGAUCCAGAAUGCAGCCAACAGUGGAGUGGGCCAGGCUGUGAUACAGUUGGCUGCAGCCAGAGGAGUGAACACUGUCAAUGUCAUCAGAGACAGGCCAGAGUUCACACACCUGAGUGACAGGUUAAAGGCCAUGGGAGCGACGCAUGUGAUCAAAGAGGAGGAGCUGCGACAGCCGGCGCUCAAGGAGCUGUUCAAGACAUGCCCGAAGCCAAAACUCGCCUUAAAUGGAGUUGGCGGCAGAAGUGCGACAGAACUGCUCCGUCACCUACAACGGGGGGGCUCCAUGGUGACGUACGGUGGAAUGUCCAAGCAGCCAGUGACCGUUCCUGUGAGCGCCCCCAUUUUUAAGGAUGUAAAAAUCCGUGGGUUCUGGGUCCCACAGUGGAAGAGGGCUCAUUCAAACGACGGAGCUGCGUUCAAAGCCAUGCUGGACGACCUGUGCAGCCUCAUAAAGGAGGGCAAACUGUCGGCUCCGGCCUGUUCUCAGAUCAGUUUCCUGGACCACAGCGCAGCCCUGGCAGCAGCCAUGACUCCCUUCACGUCCACGAAACAAGUCCUUGUCAUGUGAAUCCCACCGACAUGUCAUGAGUGGAGUGGAUGGAAAAUGAGUGUGUCGUUAAAGACUGUAAUAAAUGUAUUACGGUAAUGAAAGCUCAAAGUCCAGACGGUCAUUUCUGGAACCUUCCGUGUUUAUUGUCCGUCAUUAAAAAUAAAAAUACAUUUCCUUCAACUAUACGACACGACUGGAAUCAAUGCAGAGUUCAGAUAAGAUAGCGUUAUCUUCAAAGUGAGGACACACAAUACACUUCAACUGUGGUUCCCAACAUAAAGGCUGAGGUCCCUGCAGGGGACGCACAGCUUUUUCAGGGGAAGGCGCAGAAAAAAAAAAAAAAAAAAAAAAAAACCCUGCCAUACAAGGCAACCAAUAUGGUCUUGUCCUUCUGUCUGUUAAUAUUGUUCUGGCUGACAAAUUAACUUUGGAUACAUCACUGCCACCUACAGGCUGGAGUGGGUAUAUCAUCGUUACCUGUUUGCCAGAAAUGAGGUAAAUGUGUCAUCCUGUCGCUAAUAAACUAAUCUAAAUUAA